GCAUGUCAGUUCGUCUGCUAUCGCAGCAAUUUAACGAGCUGCGAACGAUUGUGCGAGUGUCUCCACCACGGAGCACGAGGAGAAAAAGGGGUGUUAAUAUCACGAGAGCCUCGCUCUUUGUAUCCCGUGUAAUGAUGAUGUUUUUAAAAAUCUGUUGAUGAUUAAGUAGACUCGUGAGUCAGAAAAGUAGUGCGCGCGUAUAGGGGGAAACGGAGCGAAAAUUGCGCCGAGCAUACGCUUCAGCGAGGUCGUGAAAGGGGAUGGAAAUGGCAGAAUCCGUCGGGCCAAUUCUUCACGUGAUCGUUGUCGGAUUUCACCAUAAGAAAGGGUGCCAAGUCGAAUAUUCUUUUCCACCAUUGGUACCUGGCGCACCAAACGAGUGUCCACUAGGAUGGAAAUACUUGCCAACUCUUGCCUUACCGGAUGGAUCUCAUAAUUAUGACGAAGAUACAGUCUAUUUUCACCUUCCUAGUCUUAAUGAUCCUAACCGUACAAUUUAUGGCAUUUCAUGCUUUAAGCAAAUUCCUGUGGAGAAACUAGUGAAUCGCACAUCCGACAUAACAAGAGGAACGGUACAAAAGUCCGUCUGUGUUUUAAGCAUAAUGCCCCUUUAUGGACACAUUCAGGUUAAAAUGGCUCUUAUAACGCACGCCUACUUUGACGAAGGAGACUUUAGUAAGGUAUCGUUAUUAGAAGAAACAUAUCAUCACUUAAACUCUUGCAUGAGGAGUGACAGUCAGAUGCCACCACAAGUUUUUAUCGGCUUAUCAGCAAGAGAUUUCAUAUUACAAUUUCGCCAUAAAGCUUUAUUAUUAUUUAAGCUUUUACUUCUAGAGAAAAGAGUCGUAUUUUAUCAGUCUCCCGUACAGCCUUUAUGCUCAGCCAUACUCACAUUAUUAUCACUAUUUCCUGGAAUGAUAGAAACUGGACUGCAACAAGCUGCCUGUGUCAAGCCGUCGAGACCAAUGUCUCCAAUACCAAACUUCGAGGAUGAAUCCCUAAACAACGUCGACUCCAAUUUGACAGAUGGUAAUGCUUUCUUGGGCUGCGCCUUUUCGGACGUAACCGCGAAAAGGAUAUCGGACAACAAUUCCUACCUCCUCACCGAUAACAAAGCGGCCGAGACGAUGGAGGGAAAGUGCAUCGACGUCGAGCUUACCGAGGACUGUACCGAGAUGUUCGAGAGCGUGCGAGUAGCGUCGAACGAUCCGGUGCACCGAGUGAACAGCGUCAAUGCGAUAAACGUCGGGGCGAGCGGCGAGCCCGAGAACAGCCUCCCGAGGGAUACGAGCAACGACGCCUUGUCCGAUGCGAGGGUCACGAGCAGCAUGACACAGAUCGCCAACAUAGACCCGGAGCUGUGUGGCAUGCCGCUCUGUAUUUUUACGAAGGGUUAUUUGUGCUUACCAUAUCUAUCUCUGCCAUAUUUAGAUUUACUAGGAGAUGUUAAUGUUAGAGGCUACGUUGUAGGAGCAACUAAUGUUUUAUUUAAGCAGAAAAAACAAUUAAUAGAUGUUCUUGUCGAGGUUGAGAGCGCACGAAUCGAGGCAAACGAUCCAGAGCUGCGCAGACAGCUGCAUCUAACGACGGAAGACCUGAGGUUCGCCGACUACGUCGUGCGCCACGUCUCCGAGCCAAAGAAGGACAGCUUCUUCGACGGGGUCGGGUGGGAGGGCGGCGACGAGUGGAUACGUACGCAGUUCCGGGUCUAUCUUCUCUGUCUGCUGAGGACGUCGCUGCAGCAGGACGCGAGACAAACCGAUCACUACAAUACCGCCUUCAUAAAUGCCUGGCGCAUGACCAACAACUUCAAGAUCUGGUCGAGUUUGGGCAACAUGGAGAUCAACUGCGUGGAGCCCGGGCAUCCUUUUGCCGGACAACUUUCGGUGCAGGACAUGAAGCUCCGAUUAUCCCAUACGAUGCAAAACACGGAGGGUGGACGGAAGCUUAAUCAGGCGAUGGCAUCGACGGGACGAGCUGUGGCUACCACAGGAAAAGCCGUGGGUGGUGCAAUAUCACAAGCAAAGGGCGCCUUCUCGAAUUGGUGGAGCACACUGACGACCGUCCAGUCGAUGAUGGACAAUGGCGAGACCAAGAUCUGCGACAUACAGCCCCAGAUGCCCGAUGGUUUUCAGCGGCAUUCAGUGGCGAGAGAAAAGCCGGAGCAGCAACUGCAGGCAGGUGUAGGCGUGUCAGAAAACUCACCCUGACAAAUAAAGAGCGCGACAAGUGAAUAGAGAUGGACAAUCGACUGAGACAAGUCCGGCAGUGAGCGGAUCGUAGGGGAAAAUAAAUCUAUGAAAUAUUCUAGUAGCUUUUUAUCGCUUCGAGUCAUGUCAUAUUAACUUAUAGUCAAGUGUUACAUUUUAUC